AUGUCUUUCCCUUCGCUGUCGAGGUCCGACAUGUCAUACAGUGAUAUGGGUCGCUCUAUCCUGAAACCGAGGUGGAUCUUUGGUUUUGCUGUCGUGAUCGUAACUCUAAUCACUCUCUUUACACACACAGCGUCCCAUUCAGUUAAUGGUCUAGUCAAUUCUAUCAGCACCACAGUAAGUGCCCUCCAGGCUCAUUACGACCCUAGUUUCUUACCACGGCAACAGAACCCAUCAACCCCCUCCACACUCUCCACAUCAUCAAGCAGCAAUGGCAAGGCCGGUCUCCACUACCUCAUCCCGGCGACAAGUAGCAACCGAGACUUCUGCAAGCUUCUCCUCUCCUCUACCAUCCUCGACUACCCUACUCCCGUCCUGAUCAACUGGGGCGCGCAUGAAGAAGCCAAUCCGUACAAACAACAUCUCGCCAAGAUCGAGACCCUUCUUGCUUACAUGAAGAGGCUGAAGCCCAUCAGUAAGGAAGACGAUCUAGUCCUCAUCCUGGACGGUUACGACGUCUGGUUCCAACUGCGACCAGACGUUCUGCUCAAGAGAUAUUUCGAGAUGAACGCGAACCACGAUCAGCGAACCAUUCAGGCCUUCGGUCAAGACGCUUUCGACAGAGGCGACCACCGUACUACCGUCAUCUUCGGCCCCGACAAGAUCUGUUGGCCCAUCGACUUCAGUCGCCCCGCAUGCUGGGCCGUUCCACACACCGGUCUCUCCCCAACCGCAUUUGGCCCUGAAGAGAAUGAUUUCAGAGAGACACACAACGAGCCGAGAUGGUUGAAUUCAGGAACAAUCAUGGGACCUAUCCAGGACAUGAUUGACGUCUUCCAAGCUACUCUUGACCUUGUCCACAACAACCACACCACAGACUCCGAUCAAUUCUAUUUUGCCAAUGUCUUUGGUGACCAGGAGUUCGCUCGUCUGUCUCUGGAUCAAGACCUCCUGGAGAGUCAGGCUAAGGAAAGAUACCGAGAGGAGUUCCGCACAGAAGAGGAACCCCCUCGCCAGGUUCCCGAAUUCCACGAGGGGCAGAGAACCGAAUACCACAUUGGAAUCGACUACUUCUCAGCCAUGUUCCAGACUUUGGCUUUCUACAAACAAUUCCUAGCCUGGAUCCGCCCAAGUGACUCCUGGGCAACCAAAACGAACGAGGGUGGUGAUGUUUCCCAAGAGAGAUACGGUUUCAAGGUGGCCAAAGACAUUUCCUCUUCACUCUCACCUUAUGCUGCAUUCGAGGCUUCGCCACCUACGUCCAACAGCUCUGUGGAAUAUCCCAAAUCAUGGGAGGAUGUCGAUCUCUGUGUCAACACCGUCACUGAUCUGGCCCCUGUCACCUUGCACUUCACUGGUGAGAAGGCUCUCCGCGAGUUAUGGUGGGACAAGUUAUGGUUCUACCAGGAUGGUGAAGAGCUUCGCAAAGCCAGCUUAAGAAUGCCCGAGCGGCCCAUCAGCGAAGAGCCCAUUGCAGGCAAGACGUGGUAUAAGAUCGAGUCUAGCGAUCCAGAGGCAGGACGAGGAGGAGCAUGGGCUGACAACGGUGGUUGGCAUUCUUGGACUUCGCUUUGCAAGGUUUACGAAGACCAGAUAUACCCUCGGAAGACGCUCAAGAAGAAGGUACCCUUUCAUCAUAACUAG